UGAAGUCUUAACUUUUAUCCUUUUCCAAACUAAAAAACAAAACCAACGCCUCCUCUCCUCUCCAAACUGACGCCUAAACCCUUUAGCUGAUAAACAAAACCCUUUUUUCAAUUAACCCUUUUCCGCUUCUGCUCGAGCUCAAAUCCGGCGACCGGCAGUCCAAAUCGCCGGCGGCUACUGGAUUGAGGCUCUACUUCAACUGAUAUUAUAUUGCUCUCCAUGUCUGUUGAAAGAACUUUGAAGAAGCUGGUUUCUGGUGUCAUCCUUGAUUUGGAUGGUACACUUCUUAAUACAGAUGGUGUUGUGAGUGAGAUUUUAAAGGCUUUCUUAGUUAAGUAUGGAAAGCAAUGGGAUGGGAGAGAAGCUCCUAAAAUAGUCGGGAAAACCCCUACAGAAGCUGCAGCUGCAGUUGUCGAAGAUUAUGGGCUCCCAUUAUCAACAGAUGAAUUUCUUUCACAAUUUUACCCAAUGCUCUCUGACCAGUGGCGCAAUAUCAAAGCUCUUCCAGGGGCCAAUCGGUUGAUUAACCAUUUGAGGGGUCAUGGUGUACCCAUGGCAUUGGCUUCAAAUUCUUCUCGGUCUAACAUAGAGAUCAAAAUUUUUCAUCAUCAGGGAUGGAAAGAAUCAUUCUCAGCCAUUGUUGGAGGAGACGAAGUGAAAGCUGGAAAGCCAUCUCCGGAAAUAUUUCUUGAAGCAGCUAAAAGACUCAACAUGGAUCCAUCCAGCUUUCUUGUCAUUGAAGAUUCAAUACCAGGUGUUACUGCUGGUAAGGCUGCUGGAAUGGCAGUUGUUGCUGUACCAUCUCUUGCAAAGCAGUCUCAUCUUUAUACUUCCGCUGAUGAAGUGAUCACUUCUCUUCUAGAUUUGCAACUAGAAAAGUGGGGAUUACCUGCAUUUCAAGAUAGAAUAGAAGGUACUUUGCCCUUAGAACCUUGGUAUAUAGGUGGUCCUGUCAUAAAGGGAUUUGGGCGUGGCUCAAAGGUUCUUGGGAUCCCCACAGCUAAUUUAUCCCCAGAAGGUUAUUCAGCCAUUCUUUCAGAACAUCCUGCGGGUGUAUAUUUUGGAUGGGCAGGAUUAUCAGCUCGUGGUGUUUACAAGAUGGUCAUGAGCAUUGGUUGGAAUCCAUAUUUUAAUAACACAGAGAAAGCUAUAGAGCCAUGGUUGCUUAAUGACUUCAAUGAAGACUUUUAUGGUGAGGAAUUGCACCUAGUUGUUGUGGGCUAUAUACGGCCAGAGGCCAACUUUUCAUCACUUGAAGCCUUGAUAGCUAAGAUUCACGAGGACAGGAAGAUUGCAGAAAGAGCUCUCGAACUUCCUCAAUACUUGAAGUACAAGGACGAUCCAUACCUUAAAAUCUCUUUGCAUCAGGACAGUUGAUCAUUGAAGAUUGUCGGAAUUCAUUGUUGUUUCUGAUUGGGAUUGCAUCUGCCCUGUUUCCUGGUGCAGUCAGAAUUAUAGCAGAAGAAUUUCCGUCAAUUGCAUGGAAUUCUAUAUAUACACAAAAAGAAAAAAUGUAAUAAUUGACUUGAUAACUAUUCAGAAUAAUAUUAGUAGUGUUUAUAAAGUGGGUUAAGCAUUGUCGCUUAAGGGUUGAAGUGCUGUAUCCUUGGACUUAGAAGUUCAAGUUCUGGUGUCAUCUAAGUGUCCAUUAGGUUCACAAAAUAGACUUGUGUAAUUUUCUUGAUUUCUGCUUAUGACAGAAGUACUUGUGGUUGUGAUUUUGCAUUUUGAAGAAAUGAGUGGACUUCACAUUGAGGCA